CAUUAGACAAGACAAAGAUGAGUAUAGUUCAAUGUGUAUUAUCAGUGAACUAAAGACCAAGGCUCAAAUGAAGAGAAUGGAUACAUAUCAGUCUAAUGAAGGAGGGAAAGGCUUGGUUGGCUUCAUUCUUCUGCUGUUGGCAAAACAACUUCAAGGACAAGGUCCCAUCUGUGAUGACUAUAUUAGAGUGUAUCGGAACACUGUGGUUCAAGCUUUUGUCAUGGAGAAACUGACCAUUAACUGUACUGUUGGAUUCUGUAAUGAUCUACCACAAGUCACAUGGUGUAAACUGGACCAACACAGCUGCAAUCCUGUGAUCCAAACUACUCACAUCCAAACCCAGUGGAACUACUUAACAAGUAACUCUGGAAUUUCCAUCCUGCAUUUUACUAAUCCCUCUAUAGAUGAUGCUGGACUGUACAGGUGUUCAGUUAAUACAGAUCAAUCAAUCAUCAUUAGCCAUUCCAUCACUGUCAUAGUAAAUGAUUGUCAAGCAGAGUUUUCUGUGUCUGAUGACUGUUGGUGGAGUGCUCCCAUCUCUGGCUCUGUCACUGUGUCCUGUGGGGUGAGUUUCAGGGUUGAACCCAUAGUGUCAUGGUGCAGGGAAGAUGGGGAUACCUGUUUACCCCUAAAGGGUCAGUCCAGACACACCCUCACCUGGUAUCAUACAGGUUCAGGGACAGGUGUGUCCUACCUGACCCUCCACAACAUCACCCUGUCUGACUCAGGAUACUACCGUUGUUUCUUUUCUCUUCCUGACUACUGUGAUCCAAACACCAGAAUCAGCCGGCCUCUGGAGCUUAAUGUAACCAGAAAUGGUGAAGUGAUGGAACACUGUGGAGAAGAUGAACAUCCUGUCUGUGGUAGCCUUACUCUCUUCACGCGGUCAACACAUGAUCAACUGCAGCUAUUUAUUUAAUAGGAAAUGUAUGAGAUCCAGUUGCCAAUGAUUUGAGAUAUUCAAAUCACUGGCAACUGGAUCUCAUGACUAUUUUCCUCAUGAAAAAGUUGACCCUGUGGCUUAGUUUUGUCCUUUUGUUAUUGUUGUGGUUGUUGUUUAACCAGACAUGCUCAGGGUCAUCGUGGACAUCACUCGCAUCAUCCUGUUUGUGGUUGCCACCUUGGUUGUCAUGACACUGACCCUGUGUUGGGUUCUGAAAGCCAGAGGUACUGUAUGGUGCUCUAGUCUACACCACAGCAUCACUAAAGAAAACACACCACAAGUACCUUGUCUAUUCUAAACUCUUGUUACAUGAGUUUUCCAGGUCACCAAUGACCUACUGUAUCAUUUAUCAUCAUGUCUCCUUUUAUGAGAAAAGUCAGGGCUGUAACUGAAACCACAGGUCUUACAUCUUGAUGCCUUGCUACAAAUAUUAUUAUAAUAGUAAUACAUUAAUACAUUCACUGUGUCAUAUUAUCCCUCUUGAUUUGUCAACCCCCUGGUCUAUAGGAAAAUGGAGUCCUCCAGAGGGGAAUGCAGUGGAGCUUCCCAGAGUGGAGCCUGAGCAGAACAUACCACCUGACACAGAUAGGGGUGCAGAGGAAGACCCUGAUGAGGUUUAUGAUGACUGUGUGUGAUUCUGUGUAGAUAUACUCCAUUGCAUUGGGUUUAUGGUAUAGCAGACCAUUCAUUUGUUCUGUUUUGGUUGUUUUCUGUGGGUCUUGCUGACAUGUGUGUUGCUAAUAAAUUACCAGUCAUUUUCAUGGCAUAUUAUGUAGUUGGUUAUUGAAUGGCUUGCUUAAAAUGCUCUUAAAACAGUGUAGUGUAAGAGAUGACUGAAUAGGUUAUAGAUAUGUAGGCUUAGAUGAGCUCAAUGUCUUGUUUUGACUUUUAAUGUAUUUUUUACAAAUAAAAAAUACAUGUGGACUA